AUGGCCGAAGACAGCCAGCAGUCAACAAAACGGAAUAAUCAUACGUGGAUAGCCGAAGAGGAUAAAGUGCUUGUGAAAUGUCUCAUUGACAUAGGGUCGAGAUGGAAAGGAGAUAAUGGUUUUAAACCUGGUUUUUCCGGUGCUAUAGAGAAGCUCAUGCAUCAAAGGAUACCUGGUUGUACCCUCAAAGGUAUCCCUCACAUCACAUCCCGGGUUAAGUUGUUAAAAAAACACUACAAUGCGAUCGCUGAAAUGAUCAGUCCAAAUGGUGCAAGUGGGUUUGGAUGGAAUGAUACCAAAAAAAUGAUAGAGGUGGAGAGGGAGAUAUUCAAUGACUGGGUGAAGAGCCAUCCUAACGCUAAGGGUCUGUUCAAUAAACCAUUUCCACACUACGACAGCUUAGGAGCAGUCUUAGGAAAAGAUGUUGCAUCUGGACUUAAUGCAGAGGGGCCAACAUAUACGGUUAACCAAAUGGAGCAAGAGGGUGGUAUGUAUGCAGAGAGUAGGACUGGUUUUGACGAUUACCUUGACCUGACUGGGGACUAUAUCCCCACACCUUGUGUUGAUACUACAAUGCCCGAUGUCCCACAAGAGAAGGUGAUGCCACCAUCUCCUGUAUCAACUGCUACUACAACGAGGGGUAAAAAACGUCAGAGAAGUGAAGAUCCAUUGCUUGUGGAAGUUGUUGAUGUUAUGAAGGAUCUUAGUCAUAAUUACAGGAAGUCAAAUGAUAGUAUUGAUAAGUUGGUAGGUUGCUUUCAACAUCAAGCUGAGGGUAGCCAUAGGCGAAUGUCAAUUGUGACUAAACUGGAGAAAUUUGAAGAAUUGACGGUGCAACAACAGGUUGAUGUUGCUGUGCAAUUGGGCAGGGAUAGCAAUCUCACAGAUGUCUUCAUGCAAUGCAGUCACGCGCAACGAGCUGUUAUAGUGGCUGGAUUGUUGGCUACUCAUCAGUGA